AUGAUCAGCCAGCUGCUCCAUCCUCUCCAUUGCGUCACGUGUCAUUUCCGUCAUCUUCACCCACCCUUCACCCUCCACCCACCCUCCACCCUACCCAGCCCGCAUCCGCCCGACCCAGGUGACCCCUUGGAGGCUCAGACCGACUUGGGCCCGCUCAUCUCCGCGCGGCAGCUCGCGCGCGUGGAGGACCAGGUGCUCCGCGCCGUGGCCGCUGGCGCGGCGCCGCUCACGGGCGGCCGGCGGGCGGCGGAGUGCUUGGAGGGAGCGCUGCGGGAGGGGCAUUUCUACGAGCCGACGGUGCUCAGCAAUGUCACGGUGGACAACCCGGCCUUUGUGGAAGAAGAGAUCUUCGGCCCGGUGGUCUCGCUGUCGCCCUUUGCCGACGAGGACGAGGCGAUCAGCCUGGCUAACGCCUCCGAGUACGGCCUCGGCGGAGCGAUGUGGACCGAGGACGUCCGAAAGGCCUUCCGGGUGGCGCGCCGGCUGCGGUGUGGACUCACCUGGGUGAAUUGUCAUCACCGGAACGAUCCCAGCAGCCCCUGGGGCGGCUUCGGACAGAGUGGCAUCGGCCGAGAGAAUGGGCCCGAAGCCUUCGAGGAAUACACCACGACGAAGAGCUUGACCAUCAGGACAGCGUUGGCAUCCGACCAACGACACGGCGGAGAACUGGUUUGGCAGCCGCAGCGCGCGCUACGGCUGACGCCACGAAAAACCGUGAUGUCCUGCGGCACCGCGUCGGAGCUGCGGGAGAUGGGUUUGGACUUGGAGCCGCAGAGGAGCUUCGAUGUGCAGGUGCUCUUUGGGGACCGGCGGCAAGAGCACUACCGGGCGCUGGCGCGGGCGUUGAUCGAGCUGGUGGCACAGAAGUCCACGAAGCCUAUCCUGCUGGGCAUCCAUCUGCAACACAAUGGUCCCGACGUGUUCAGGGCCAUCCUCCAGCAGUGGCGUGAGCGGCUGACGAUCGCCCCGGCAGUCGAGGAAGACGAAUUUGCAGACUACGAGGGCCGCGAAACCUGA